GUACAAAAUGGCUGCCUUGCGGCAUGAAUGUUUGACUUUGGGAAGAUCUGUUUUAUCACAUUUGACGAAAAGGCAUCUUCACAUGAUCGUACCUCUCACCAAUCGCACAGCAUGUCUCACACUUCCAACCUCAUCACUUGUUCAGCGCAUUUCACGUGUCUCGCCAGCCAUCAGUUUUCACACUUCAACUACACACCAUGAUUUAAUGGAAUUUUUUGAUCGGAAGGAUGUAUGGGGAGAAAAGUCUGUUCCCUCUGGUCGACCGUGGAGACUGGAUGAGCUAAGGAUAAAAAGUAGCGAAGACCUUCACAAACUCUGGUAUGUGCUGUUGAAAGAGCGGAAUAUGCUGAUGACAAUGGAAGCAGAGUACAACAGGAAUUCAGAGCUUUUCCCCAACCCUGAGAGAAUCGACAAAGUUGAGGAAAGUAUGGAGAACAUUCUUGAAGUGGUCAAAGAAAGGGAUGAUGCCGUCUCGUUGCUGGAAACUGGAAAACCCAAACAACCGGAGGGUGGCUAUGUGAGAGACGUUUUAGGUCGCGUGGUGUACAAACGUUUCCAGGAGCAGGCUGUGCCCCCUCACAUGAACAAAGUCCACCGCCUCAUGUACCCCAAAGCUUUCCACAAAGAAAACCUCAAAUACCUGGCGCUGUAUCGAGAGAAGAUCGCGCGGCACAAAUGGUACUGGUAUAACCGACGGUUGGAGAAAAACAAAGACUUGGUGAAGAAGUUUCCUCACCUCGAGGAUAAAAUGUAUGUGGAGAAACCGGAAGAGCCGAAAAUAUAAGUCAUUGUCUGUGUUAUUGUUGUUUCGAAUAAAAGUGAAAUGUAGAUAUACAA